AUGGGUGAGGAGGAUGCCCAGACAGAUAAGCCUGAGGCAGCUGCGAAUGGCAAUGCUAAGCCGGAGGAGAAGAGUGAGGUUGUGACAGAGAAGAAAGAGGAAAGUAAUGUAGUAACAGAGAUGGAAGAAGAUAAAAAGGAUGAUGGGAAAGAUGAGGCCCAGAAUAUGGAUGUGGACAAAUUGCAGAACAAAGAAAGCAAAGAAACUGAUGAAAAAGAAGCAGAGAAUGAAAUAGGAGAAAAAGAAGAAAAGGAAGAAAUCAAAGAUGAAGAAGAAGAAAAGGAAGAAACAAAAGGAGACGAAGAUAAAGAAGAAGCAAAAGGAGAAGAAGAGAAGGAAGAAAUAAAAAAUGAGGGAAUGGAAGAUGAAUCUGGCAAGAAACCUGAUGAUGAGGCUGAAGAUAAGGUUGAAGUGGACCUUGACGAAGUGAAGGCUGAGGAGGAAGAGCCAGAGGAGCAUAAGGAGGGAAAAGGAUCGAAGAAGCGACCUAGAACCAAAAGUCAUUCUGGACAAAAAGACAGGAGUAAGAAGAAGAAAGCUGAAAAGGAGGAGCCAGAAGUCCCCAUAGAGAAGAAGGCAAAACAUCCUAAAACCCCCACUAGAAAAAAGGAGGAGGAGGAGCCUAAAACUACUACACCUUAUGCAAUUGAACGCCCUGUACGUGAAAGAAAAUCUGUAGAAAGGCUGGUUGCUACCAUUGAGAAGGACAAUGAUAAGGAUUUCCAAAUUGAAAAGGGUCGUGGAACUGCACUGAAAGAUAUCCCAAAUGUUGCAUACAAGUUAUCAAGAAGGAAGACUGAUGACACCUUCAAAUUGCUGCAUACUAUUCUCUUUGGAAGGAGGGGAAAGGCAGCUCAAGUCAAGAACAACAUAUCUAAAUUUUCUGGGUUUGUGUGGCCUGAUAAUGAGGAAAAGCAAAUGAUAAAAGUAAAAGACAAACUUGACAAGUGUGUCAAAGAGAAAUUGGUGGAAUUCUGUGAUGUUCUUGAUUUGCAGAUUCCCAAGGCUAAUGCAAGAAAGGAAGAUAUUGUUGCAAAGUUGAUAGAGUUUUUGAUGGCUCCUCAUGCCACAACCACAGAUUUGCUUGCUGAAAAAGAGCAGUCAAGUAAAGGCAAAAAGCGAAAGAGAGAUGGAAAAAGAAGUGAAUUGGCAACGGGGAGCACUCUUUCAAAAGGAUCAGCUGAGAGUCAAAAGAGAACUGGAAGUGCAUCGAAAAAUGGUGAGAAUAAGAGCAUACCUGAAUCUGAAGAUGAAUCAGAAGAAGAGAAAGAGGAAAUGCACGAAGAGGAAAAUGUUGAUGGUGCUAGUGAAAAAUCAGAAGAGGAGAUUUCCGAACAUGCUGAAAGCCAGGAGAAAGAGAGUGAAUCUGAAGAUGAGUCUGUCAAGGACAGAGGAAAGCAUAGGCGAAGUUCAACGAAGUCUUCAGCAAAGGAGUCGACUGAAAAAGGCAAAACCAAGAAAGUUGCACUUGCUAAAAAGGCCAGUCCUCCACCCAAAAAGGCUCCUGCAAAGUCACCUAGUCGCACAAAAUACAAUAAUGAUACAAGUGCAAAGAAGUCUUCUGGUAAGGAGAAAGCUGAAGCACUUGAAGAGAAAUCAGCAAAUCCAAAGAAGUCUGCAUCAAAGGAGAGUACUGGAAAGAAGGUUGUGAAAGGCAAAGGCAAGCCCAAGGAGGACAAAUUAAAACCAAGUGACAAUGACCUCAGAAGUGCAACAUGUGAAAUUCUCAAAGAGGUGGACUUCAAUACGGCCACUUUCACCGACAUUCUGAAGCAACUUGCCAAGCGCUUCAGUACAGAUCUGACCCCCAGAAAAUCAUCAAUAAAGCUCAUGAUCCAAGAGGAGCUCACUAAACUAGCUGACGAGUCAGAUGAUGAGGAGGAUGAAGGUGAUGCCAAGAAGGAUGGAAAACGGCCUGCUGGUCGAAGCAUGGCAGCCAGAUGA